CCAUUAACACGGUUACCGUACCGGAUGGGAGUAGGCUGGCAAUUGAAUGCAUGAGAUUCUUCCGCCCGUCCGCUCUCGGCCCAGCUACUUCUACUCAGCUGCGAGCUCUCUCGUGAGUCAUAUUCCCCCAGCACCAGAUCGCCCUCACUUCUCACCGUCUCUGUCCUCUACUCGCGUCCCGCCCCAGCUUCCGUCAAACUUCCUUCCUGCCGUGUCCCGCUAUCACUCUCGCUUGCCUCCUCGCCUUCGACAGUGCUGCAGCAGCAGCAGCAGCAGCAGGUCUCUCUCUUCUCUCUGCACUGCACUGCUUACGUAGCGCAAGGAAAGUGGGACGAGAGGGCCGUAACGAGAGAGAGAGAGCGAGAGAGCAGGACCUCUCGGGCACUCGAGUGGGGGCUUUGAAAGAUAGGAUGUACUCUUCCACCCCUGCUUCUGGCAUGCCACGGGACGCAAGCGAGAGAGACCAAUCGAGCAUUGUGGUUGGCAGUUCAUAAACUCUCCAUCUCCCCUGCGAAGGCUGCGUUGUUCUCUGCUCUGCCAGCGCUCCCUCGCUCCCUCUUUCUCCCGGCCUGGACCGAGGCCCCUCCCUUCUUCUGCUCGCGUGCGCAGAGAGACAGUCUCCCAGGCCUCUGCCCUCGGCGACGAGAAGAAACAACGAACCCCAGCUGCAGUUGGCAUUGACAGUUCACUGCCUCUGCUCGUGUAACCUCCUCUGGACCGGGUGCGGGGCUGGACCGACCUCUGUUUCGAAGCUAGACGAGGACGAGAACGAGGAGGCCUCUCGCAGACUCGAGCAGUGCGGGGACGCAACGGGAGCGCAGCGAGUCGAGAGCCGGGUGGCUGAUGAAUGGCAGAGUGAAGGCAGAGCCGAUUCGAGCAGCAUUGUAUCGGGCAUAAUAUAAGGAGGAGAGGGAGAAGGAGGAGGAGGAGAGCAGCAGUUUGACACCAUGGGCAAGUUGGGGAAAGCGAAGGCCAAUGGGCAAUGCUCGUUCCCGGACGUGUACCAAUGCAGUUCGGAGAACAGAAAGAAUCAGACCAUAGUUGCGGACUUGGAUGGCACAAUGCUGCUGGGCCGGAGCUCGUUCCCGUACUUCAUGCUGGUGGCAUUCGAGGCCGGAGGCUUCAUUCGAGCUUCCAUCCUGCUGCUGCUGGCGCCGCUUGCAUGGAUUCUGUACCAUUACGUCUCAGAAUCCGCAGGAAUUAAGCUUCUGUGCUUCGUGUCCUUCGUCGGUCUCAAGGCCAGGAGGAUCGAGGUCGUGUCGCGCGCCGUCCUGCCCAAGUUCUACUCCGAGGACGUGCACCCGGAGACAUGGAGAGUGUUCUCGUCGUUUGACAAGAGCUACGUGCUCACGGCCAAUCCCCGAAUCAUGGUCGAGGUGUUCGCCAAGGAGUACCUGGGAGCCGACGAGGUGAUCGGGUCCGAGAUCGAGGUCACCAAAGGCGGCCGAGCCACGGGCUUCCUCAAAGCGCCGGGCGUCUGCGUCGGCGAGAACAAGGCCGCCGCCCUCCUCAACAAGUUCGGCGACUUCAAGCCCCAUGUCGGCCUGGGCGAUCGAGAAACCGACCACCCAUUCAUGUCCCUGUGCAAGGAAGCGUACAUCGUCCGCGAGGAGAAGGACCUGCAGCCGCUUCCGAGGGACAUGUUGCUGAAGCGCAUGGUGUUCCACGACGGGCGAUUCGUGCAGCUGCCGACGCCCGGAGUGGCGCUGAUCUGCUUGCUGUGGGCGCCCAUCGGAUUCCUCGUCGCGGUGUUCCGCAUUGCGCUGGGCAUGUGCCCCUUCACGUGGGCCUUGACCUUCCUGCGAUGGACGGGGUGCCGGGUGAUCGUCAAGGGAACUCCCCCGAAGGCCGUGCAGGACGGCAGGCUCGGAGUGCUGUUCGUGUGCAGCCAUCGCUGCAUGCUGGACCCGGUGAUGCUGAGCGUCGCAUUGCGCCGCCGAGUGUGCUGCGUCACGUACUCCAUCUCGCGAGUGUCCGAGAUGAUGUCGCCCAUUCCCACCGUGGCGCUAUCCCGCGACCGCGACCAGGACGCCGCCAUGAUCAAGAAGCUGCUCGAGGUCGGCGACCUGGUGAUUUGCCCCGAGGGCACCACGUGCCGCGAGCCAUUUCUGCUGCGCUUCAGCGCCCUCUUCGCCGAGCUGACGGACCGAAUCGUGCCCGUGGCCUCGAGCAACCAGAUGGGCAUGUACUACGGGACGACGGCCACGGGCUGGAAGGGAAUGGAUGCGUUCUUCUACUUCAUGAACCCGAGGCCGCUCUACGAGAUCACCUUCUUAGACCAGCUGCCGCAGGAGCUCACCUGCGCCGGUGGCAAGACCAGCCACGAAGUGGCCAACUACGUGCAACGAGUGAUCGCCGGUGCUCUGAAUUUCGAGUGCACGAAUCUGACGCGCAAGGACAAGUACCUGGCAUUGGCCGGAAACGACGGAUCGGUCGCCCCCCGCAAGACGUCGAUGCCCAAAGUGAUCAAAUCGAGCGAUUAGACCAGAGCUUCCGCGGCCACUCGCGUUCAUCCCGACUCCUCGUCGUCGUGUGCGGAGUUCGGGCCGGGAGCGAGUGGCCUCGUUUAUCGAGGAUCUAUCGAGCUGAGCUCCUUGAUAAGCGAUCAGAGAGUCGGUAUCUGUCAAUUUCGUUGUUCACGCGCCUUACUACCGCAUCUGAGAAUUCGAGAUGGUCUCGCGGAAUUGGACAUGGCCCGGGCAUGCAAGCUCUGUAGGCCGUCAUGACAUUCAUCUUGCGUCUUUCGAUGAUGAGUAUGGCACGAGUCGUGUCCGGAAUUAUAGUUUAUUAUAUGACCUAGCGUAUAGACAAGAAGGAGGACGGACGCCCGGGGGAGAUCCGAAACUGCUGUCUGCUAGAACUUGUAUAUGGGGAGAGGGCGCAGAACAGCAGAAAAGAUUCAUCCGGCGUCUUGUCUGACUUGAAGGAUCGACGUUACAAACACAUUGCCACCGAAUUGGGUACAUAUAUUCACGUCUGUAGGGCCUAGUGUCGCUUCGUACACCUACCACCAUCGUCCGAGGUUGUUACGAUUGUUCUCAUCACUCUCUCUGCUCCUGAGGCCACAAACUGGACCACACCAGGAAUUUGAUCCAGCUUGCUCGCUGCAAGCAACAGCAGCCAGCCGCUCAGCCAGCUCUCGUCGACUCCAAACGUGUCGGCGAGGCGCUGACUGACAACAAUGCGAGUGCACCAAGUGCUAAAGCAUAGUAUAUGAGCUGUGGGUGUCAGGGCUUGAUAUCAUUGACAAUUCAGAUGUGAUUUUCAAGUCUUUUCGUCCUGAGUUCUCGCCCUAGACUCGUGUCUAGGAGUUGUACGUAAACAAUUUGAUCUAAUCAAAAGGUUAUUCCCUUUCUG